AUUCCUGGGGAAGCAAAGCAAAUCAUAGGAGUGUCUUUAAAAGUAAGAAUCUCCCGCAGACUUUUCACUUAUCCCUUCUUCUUCUCCGUACUCUCCUUCCUCCAACAGAGAAGAGAGAUUUUUUUUCUACUUUUUUUUUUGUUUUCGCAUCUUCUUGAUCGGAACUAAUAGAAAAAAAUAUGGGUUGUUCUUCGAAGAAAUCACAAGUCGGAAGAGGAUUAGACAGUGAUGGUCAAAAAUGGGUCAUCGCCGAAAUCUCUAUUCGGGCUUCACUGAAACCGUUGAAGACGAAACUGAGAAAGCCGGAGAGAGAAACAGAGCCAGAGGCUGAAGAAGAAAUCUACAGUGGCAGCGAAGAGUACUGCUGUAUCACACCCACGGCGAAUGACGCCAAGGCCCCGGAGAAACUGAAGUGUCCGCCGGCGCCGAGGAAACGCCGACCGGCCUUGAAGUGUCGGAGCAAUGUCGGUGUAGAGUACUUUGUGCCUCCUUCAGAUUUGGAGACGGUCUUCAUACGACGCCGUUAGUGUUAAAACAACAUAUGUAUUCUCAAGACUCUCUUUGUCAGCUUCGACUAUAAAAUUUAGAAUUAGAUUCUUUAAUCAAAAUUUGAGGCUUUUGAUUUGUCUUUAACUCUUCGACAAUUUGCUUGAUUUUCAU